UGCAGACAGGAGCUGAUGUUUAUCCCACGGAUCUACUGGACAGCACAUACCCGUGACGACAUCAUCUCCCACAAAUCCGGGGAGAUUCUUCUUUCUAUGUGGAUUAAAGUCUACAGUAAGGAAACUAGAGCUUAAACAGCUGGGAUUUUUCCCAUGUUCCUGACAUCAUCUGUAGGAAAUGAGACCUGGGUGUCUGUCUUUUCUCUCUACAUGGACGAAAAGCCAAGGAAAGUGUACUAAAAGCUGACAGACAGGAUUAAUUUUACUUACAAAACUGCCCCUUUAUCUUUAAACCCAAAGAAGAGCUUGAUGGUGUCAUAUGAUAUGGACUAAUUGUACUCAGUGAGAGAGCCCAGCGGCAGCACUUUUGCUCCAGAUGAAACUGAUGUUUUUCUGCAUAAUUUUUAGUCACUCUGGAGGCGUUAGCUCUCCUGCACUGUGUGUCGUAGCAUGUGGCUUGGGCUCAACAUCCACAGCAUCUUAAUUACACAGCCAAACCGAUUUAGACCACGGAGGAAGCAUCUCUACAUCUGGAGAUACGCUGCCAUUUUUUAGAGGGAUGCACAGAGACAUCAGAUCUGCUUUCCUCACGUUUUUUGUUCUCUUUACCUAUGCGAUUUCCUAAAAGAAGCGCAAGAGAUCCCACUCUCUUUCACACGUGCACCUAGUAAGUUUUUGAGUGUAACGUCUGUAACCUUUCUAGUGCUUCUCUUUCUCUCCUCCACUGACGUCCCAUUCACACAUCCCGCCAUAAUGAAGCCUUUAAUUAAAUUAAGCCUGCUUCAGUGACUAUCCAGGGCCGCUGGUCCCUGCAGACGCAGUGACCUUUGGAGAGGGCCAGACUGCUGCUCUGUGGCCAAACACCUUCACACACACACACACACACACACACACGUACAUCUACACUUGAGCCCCUGGCAGUAAAUAGUGAAUGGUAAAUGUCAGCGCUCUGGCCCUUGAAUUAUACGGUUUAUUUGAAUAAGUGUAAGAGCGGAUCAGAUGAGCACCACAAGCUCCACCAACAGCUCGCCUCCGUCCACACAUCAGUUUUCGGCAAGCUGGGAAUUUUCUCUUUGAUUACCGAGAUUAUAUUGUCUUUUAUCUUGUGCUUGCUCUAUUACUGUCUCUCUUUUUCUGUUCCUUGCAGUGGCAACCAUGAGGGUCGCACCGACACAUUUGGAAGGACAACAGAGCGGCAUUCCACGUGGAUAAAUUAGUUUAUUUCGUGUCAGGGUUACACAUUCUUGCCAUAUAUUUUUACAACUGCACGGCUCAUGGAACACGACAGGAAAGACUUAAAAGGGCCUGAUGCACCUUUUAAGAACAGCAACAAAAAUGAAUAAAUCAUCAAGAGGGAGUGAGGGCUAGUUCUUCUCAGACAGCGCUAAAGGAAACGCUCUUCUCCCCCUACCAGCGAGAGAGGUCUUUGGCAGACUGACAGUUGCAGCCUCUAGCCUGGUGGAUCGUUGAUGCAUUUGCCUUGAGUUUUGCGUUCCUCUGCCCUCCCCCUCCGUGCCUGUGUCAUGCUCUGUUGCCGGCGUGCCGUCCUGGAGCCAUGCCCAUCCCAGAGAUGGCUUUGAGCCCGGUGAAGUCUCUGUACUGGGAGGUGUUCCCCUCCAUGGCCACGCAGCGGGUGUACUGCACGCCUGUGCUCUGGGCCGGACGCCUCUAUGUGCUGGGGGGCUGCAGCGAGAAUGGCCUCCCUCUGGACUCAGCCGAGGUGCUGGAUCUGGAGAACCAGCGCUGGUGUGAGCUGCCCCCUCUCCCCACUGCACGGGCCGGGGCGUCUGCCGUGGUUGUCGGAGACCAGCUGAUGGUCAUGGGAGGCAUGGAUGCACAGCAGAGCCCGCUGGCCUCGGUGGAAGUGUAUCACCCUGAUGAGGGCAAGUGGGAGAGGAAGACGGGACUGGGGCAGCCCUCCAUGGGGAUCACCACACUGGAGAACGAUGGCAAGGUGUAUGCGCUGGGCGGGAUGGGAGCUGACACGACCCCUCAGGCCUCAGUGAGGCUGUAUGAGCCAACAAAGGACCAGUGGUUGCCCCUCACCUCCAUGCCCACCCCACGCUACGGAGCCUUCUCCUUCCUGCACGGUAACAAGAUCUAUGUUCUAGAUGGCAAGGUGUAUGCGCUGGGCGGGAUGGGAGCUGACACGACCCCUCAGGCCUCAGUGAGGCUGUAUGAGCCAACAAAGGACCAGUGGUUGCCCCUCACCUCCAUGCCCACCCCACGCUACGGAGCCUUCUCCUUCCUGCACGGUAACAAGAUCUAUGUUCUAGGAAUAAUAAGAGAUGACCAGAGGCAGACAAAGUACUCCACUCCAUUACUUGAGUGA